AUGAGUGGCGAACGGUGGGGUGAUUCCACUUCGGAGGACGAACUGGACCUCAGGAUUACUGAGCCCGUCCAUACGGGUCUUAACGACGGUACCAUUUCAACACAAUCACUCUUGGAUCCUAUACCUCAGGGAGCCAAGGUAACUGUUCCUCCAAGUCGCUACAGCGCCGAAGCUGAGGAAGAUGACGGGAACGAUGAGCACAGUGAAAUGGAGGAAGAGGAAGAGUCCUCCGACGACGAGGAAGACCCCAAAGAGCGUGAGCGGCGACUGGUAGCCGCUCGGGAAUUGGCGCAGCAAAAGAAGGAAGAAAAGAAAAAGAAGCAGGAAUCUUUGAACGACCAGCUGGACGACCUGGACGACAUUCUCAACGAACUUGGCAUUGAAGCCAAGGUUGUAGAGGAAGAGAGUGGAGUUGACGCUACAACUGAAGAUGUAGCCGUGAGCUCUGGCGCAAACAGUAAGCGAAGAAAAAAGAAGAAAAAGAAGGGAGAAGGUAGUGCCCCUGCUUCUGCUGAACAGCAGGAAGAGACCAAAGUUGAAGAAGCAGCAGCUGCCGAUAUUUCAACAGUGCUCAAGGCCAAGGCCAAGCGCAAAAGUAGCAAGUCCGCUUCUUCUACCAGUGCAGCAGUUGCAGCAGCGAAGGAAACUAGCGAGGCCAAGAAAGGACUGGAAGUAAAGAAGAAAAAGAAAAAGAAAGACCUUCACUUCCCUCGGUAA